UGGCUUCUCCCCUUGUCUCCCCUUACCCCCCUCCAGAUACAGGAAGAUUCAAAAAAGAGAGAGAGAGUGUGGAAAUGAUGGUCUCACCCUCUUCCUGGAGCCCUUGACCCUUUGCACCCUGAUCAACUAUGUACAAAUCGUCAAAAAUAAAAAUAAAAGAAAGCACCACUGUGUCCUCGCACUGUGUGCUGUGCCCUGCAGGUGCGGCUUUCCUGGAGCUCCCGUGGAGGGCACUGAAGACGGGGCUGGGCCUGGACCACCUCACUUCCUGUGGGCUCUGGGUGACCAGCCCUGAGAGGAGGCCCUGUCAGUUCCUCCUACACGCUUCCGUCUCAAGCCUUAUCCUCCAUCAGCGACCACAGAUUAGCUGAGAGGAAGGACCAUGGCCCCCCGUUCCACGACACUUCUUGGCCUUGUACUCUGCCUGGGCCAGACCGUCCGCUUCCAGAUGGGGGCCAGGCCCAAGCCGUCCAUCUCCGCUGAGCCGGGGCGGACCAUCCCCCUGGGGCAGAACGUGACCUUCGUGUGCCGGAGUCCUCAAUCGUUCAGCCUCUUCCGCCUGAUAAAAGAUAGCAAGAUUGUCAUCAAGGAUGAGAAGAACACUUCACCCGACCAGACCGAGAUGCGGUUCCCCAUGGGCCCAGUGGAGGCCAGCAUGGCCGGGCGGUACAGCUGUGUCUACCUUACUUCACAAGUCUGGUCUGACCACAGUGAAGAGCUGGAGCUGGUGGUAACCGCUGAGGAGGUCACCCAGGCCUCCGACCCCGACCCGGCUCUGCCCUCAGUGCCUACGUUCCCGAAGCACACGGUAUCGAACAGCAUCCGCCUGGGCCUGGCCGGCGUGGUCUUGCUGAUCCUGGCAGCCAUUCUGGCAGAAGCUUGGUACAGCGAGCCCAAGUCGCAGUAGAGGUGUCCAGAGUGGACACUGGAGGGCGCCCUCCGGGGGGCUUGGACCCCGCAGCACUGGAGCCCAAAGGGGUGGGGGGACUGCUGGCAAUGCAGCAUUGCCAAGGGUGCCAGGAGAGGAGGCACCUGCCGAGUCCAGACAGAACACAGCAGCCCACACCCCAGCCUGCCCUCCGUGGGCACGCUGGGCUUCUGCCGCUCACUCCGAGGUGUGCGGGGCGGCCUCUACCCCUUGCCACAGCCCCUUGCCCACGCCUUGCUACAGAUGGCCUCUCACCCCACCCCUCAGAGCGUCUGGCUGCUUCCCUCCCACGGGCGUCUUCCUGCCCUCCCCGCAGUGACUCUGCCCAGGUCUCUCUCUGCUCCCCCGCUCACGCGCCUCCUGCCGGAACGGGCCUCAGUGCAGGGCCGCCCGGAGGCUGGCAGCUGUUUCAGCCUCAGAACCGCGUGUCGCCGAAGGCUGGUUUCCUGUUUUGUCUGAUGCGAGCAGCAUCUUCCUUGCUGUCUCUGCUUCCCCUUUAGACCCCUGUCCUUAACGCCAAACCCCCUUCACAGUUUAACGCGAUUAUUAAAAUGUCACGGUUCCUUCAUUCCAGGCUUUUCUUGCUGUCUUAUUAUGAUCUGAUGACUAUUUUGUUGCUGGUCAUGAUAACUUUUGAUUCUUUUACGUUUUCUGUAUUUGCUACACAUUUUUCUCUUGUUUAAUAUUUAUUUUUAUUGGAAAGGCCGAUCUACAGACGGGCUUGUUGGGAGAGCUGCCGUCCAGCGCCAGUGGCGGCAGGUUGGUGCCGGUAGCGGCCGGGGAGCUUGCUAGCUGGCUGGACUCCCUGGAGCGGCCACGUGGCUGCAGG